CUUCUCUCUCUCUCUAAACUCUGCAUCACACGGCUAAAUGACCAAACAUUUAUCUGCCAUGAAUCUGAAAAAUGCCAGGCACAACAUGUAAAGUGAUCCAAAACAGCAAUAUUUGUUUCACCAGAUGGGGAAAAAAGGAGGCAGCUGGUUCUCGUCGGUGAAGAAAGUUUUCAAGUCAUCUUCUAAGGACUCGCCGGUGCCGGUGAAGAAGAAGGACAACAAGACAGAGAAAUUGCAGAUUGAAGCGCCAGAGGUGGUAUCUUUUGAGCAUUUUCCUGCAGUGAGUUCUCCUGAAAUCACAAAUGAGGAUAGUAACACAUCAACGCCAGUGACUGAAGAUAGAAAUCAUGCCAUUGCCGUUGCAGAAGCAACUGCUGCAGCUGCUGAAGCUGCAGUGGUAGCUGCUCAAGCAGCUGCUAGAGUUGUUAGAUUGGCAGGUUAUGGACGCCACCCAAGGGAAGAAAGAGCAGCAACACUCAUUCAAUCAUAUUACAGAGGCUACCUAGCUCGACGUGCACUGCGUGCAUUGAAGGGAUUAGUGAGGCUGCAAGCACUAGUGAGGGGACAUAAUGUGCGCAAGCAAGCGCAGAUGACAAUGCGCUGCAUGCAAGCAUUAGUUCGAGUGCAGGCAAGAGUAAGAGCUCGCAGACUCCAAUUGACUCACGAAAAACUUCACAGGACAGUGGAGGAGCAUGAUCCAAGAGAACUUGAGAAGCAAGAGCCUAAGCCUAUGAGCCCCAUGAAAAGGUUAGACAUCAAUGGUUGGGACAAUAGGCGUCAAAGUACCCACAAAGUUAAAGAAAACGAUUUGAGGAAGCAUGAAGCUGCAAUGAAGAGAGAGAGAGCUCUUGCAUACGCUUUCAACUACCAGCAGCAACAGAAUGGUGAUGAUAUGGGAAUCAAUUAUCCUGAUGAGCGUGAAAAGGCCCAAUGGGGUUGGAACUGGUUGGAGCAUUGGAUGUCAUCACAACCACACCAUGUUAAACAGUUGGGGCCACGUGAAACCUCUUAUAUGACUCUUGCUUCUACAACCUCAACCCCCACCGAUAACAUGUCUGAGAAGACCGUAGAAAUGGACAUGGUUGCAACUCCCGGCCCAAGCAACCUCAACAUGGGCCUCAUGAACCAAGACUUUCUUGAAUCAAGCCCAACUUCCAGUAGACACCAUCAGAGACCGUCCAGCCCAAGUAGACCUAGCUAUAUGGCCCCAACCCAGUCUGCGAAGGCCAAACUUCAGGGUCAAGGCCCAGUUAAGCCAAGGGUUUCAUCCGUGCCUCAGUGGAACUCAUCAACAAAGGGAGGCUCGGUUAUUGGGUCGGGCUGUGACUCGUCCAGUUCAGGUGGAGGGAGUGCAGCUUACCAAUUUCCAAGGAGCCCGAGCCCAAAAUUUAAUGGGGUUGGUUCACAAUCUAGACGGAUUGUGGGUAGCAGCCCAGAUUACGCAGAGGAUUGGGCCCUUCCACUCGGAGCCCAUGGCUGGGCAUAAUUUCAUAAUUUGCUUUUUUCUAUAACAAAAAAAUUUAAUCAUAAUAAUUAUUAUAACAGAGUGUAUUGUCUGCUCUGCGUUUGAUCAUAUGGCAUGAAUUGGUAUUUAUGUACGGUUUAAUAAUGUCGUUGA